CAGGUCCAGAAGAGGACAAUCUCCGAGGUACAGAACGUGACGACAGCAGAUUCAAGAGUUUGCCUAGUGAUUUAAAUCUACCUAGAGUUCAGUCAAUACGAGUUUCAAGAUGAACUACUGCCCCGAAAGACCAGCCAAAGUCAACCUUAGCACUUUCAAAGUUACCAUCACGCCUCACUUCACGGCACACGAGGCCAGUCAUCUCUCCAUCCACCUCAGUCUCCAGAGCCCCAGUUGCGCCGCUCACCACCCGCUCUUUCUCUUCGAAACCUACUACGGCAACGUCCCCGCCAACCCAUUCACCGAAAGCGAUAUAACCGCCUCCGAUGCCGCUGGCCGCUUGCCUCUCUACUUCACCAACCCGACCGAGAAUCCAGAGGGGCCGGACCAGGAAUGGCGUGUGAACCGGGACACUGUAGGAGAUAUCCAAUUGCGAUUCAGCGUUUUCCCCCGACAUGUGGACAUCACGACUCCGAUCGGCCCCCGUGUUGAUCUCCGAAGGGAUCAAGGUGGUCUGAUCGGCAAUGGCCGGUAUUUCCUACCUCGUCCGGCACAGGACCAGAUGUACCACUAUAUCGUGACGUGGGAUGUCACCCGUGCGCCAGCCGGGACACGCGCCGUGUGGUCGUUCGGCGAGGGGCCGGGGUCGGUGACGAAGACCGGGGAUCCAAUGGUCAUCGUCAACUCAGUCUUCAUGGUGGGGCCAAUUCACAGUUAUCCCAACGGCACUCAGAGUAUUGCUUCCGGUACUAUGGACGAUGACGAUAUGGGGUUAGCUCUCGCAAGGAACUCUGUCUCUGUGGCUGGUGAUGAAGGAAAUACCACUGCCCCGAGCACUCAAGUGUUCUGGUUCGGCACGCUGCCGGACAAUCUUGGGCGACUGAAUCAGUACAACAUCCAACUGUUCCCAAAACUAGCAGCGUUCUUUCGCAGUGACGAUGCCUCAUAUCACAUUUUCAUCCGACGGGUGGUUCGCGGAUUUGGCGGGCACUCAUGCCUCGACAGUUACGUCCUUGAGUACGACCAAGACAGCUGGAAGGAGGCGGACGAGGAGCUUGUGGCUCUGUUCUCACACGAGAUGAUUCACAGCUUUGUGAUGAUGGGACCUGAGCCAGAUGGGUAUGAUAACGGAUGGUUCACUGAAGGCCUUGCGCAAUUUUACUCUGCUUAUCUUCCAUAUCGGUUUGGACUGCGCGGGGAAGACUAUCUGCGCAACAGACUGAAUGCGUCGCUGAGUGCUUAUGGAACCAGUCCGCGGAUUGGAAUGGAUGCGCUUGAUUCGCAGAAGGAGUUCUAUGAUGACUGGUAUGCGGAGUUGGUUCCAUAUAUGCGUGGAUGUGCCUAUCUUCUGCAGAUUGACAGCCGGCUACGAAAGAAGACAGGAAGCUUUUCGUUAAAUCAGAACAGUCCAAUGGACGAGAUCGUCAUCGACAUGGCCAAACACUGGCGGAACGGGGUUCAGCUUCAGGCUAGGGACUGGCUGGGUUAUCUAUGCCCAUACCUGGGAGAGCAUGUCGCACAGGAAUUGCAGGAUAUGCUCAGGGGUAAAGUCCUCAAUAUGCGCGAGACUAUUGUCAUUCAUGAAAGCUGGGCCCUCAGUCCUACGGAGCAAGAGAUCUUGGAAUUCGGAUUUGCCUUAUCGAGUAUUAACAAGCGAAUAAUUUGCGGGCUGAUUCCGGGAUCACGAGCUGCAUACGCCGGGUUGAAGGACGGACUUCCACUUCUCUCAAUAUCUCGCGCGGGUUUCAUGGACUAG